AUGCCUAGACGAAGAGGAUCCGCUAAUCUCACCAGUUACUACAGAAGAAUUGGAAAGAUUUUUGAGGGCAUUAUCAACAACAGUUUGUGUCAGUAUUUAGAACUUAAUAACCUAAAUCCAAGACAAUUUGGCUUUAGGAACUUCAAAAGCACGGCAUAUGAAGAAAUAGCUUUGGGUCUGGCCAACAACAAAAUUUUAAGGGAUGUAGCCAAGGCUUUUGACAGAGUGUGGCACCCAGGCAUCAAAUUUAGACUAAACAAGCAGGGGAGUGUACUCUCCCCAACACUGUACACCAUAUACACGACUCCUAUCCUUCCACCGGAGAGGAACAGCAACUAUGUGAUGUAUGCUGAUGACAUCACACAGAUUAUAACGCAUCCAUCUCCCCGGGCUAACUUCAUUAACCUGGCAACAAAGAGAGCUAUUAAUAAAAUCAACAAGUUUGAAGGAGAAUGGAAGAUCAAAACAAAUAUCAACAAAUUCCUAGUGAUUCCAGCAGCCAGAACAAAACCAGGCAAUCUAAACCUCAAUAACACCAACAUAAACUAUACAAAGGAAGGGAGACUCCUCGGUCUGAAAAUCACAAACACUGGCACAGCAGGCCACGUAAAGGAAAGGAGAGCCAUGGCAAGAAAAAUGCUGACGAAAUUGAAGAGAUUCUCAGGAUGCCCUGAAAGAGUAAAUCUACAUCUAUACAAAGUACUAAACUUCAUGGCAUCAACUACAGGCCAUACAAAACAAAGCAGUGCUAUGGGCAAAAGGAGUGAGAUGGCCACACCCUAG